CGGGCCUGACAUUAAAUUUAAGUUUAGUGAAUCUCGCUCUGAUUGGCCAAAUUUUAAUUCAAUCACAAUCCUCAGGGACAUACGAGUUCCGUAGUACUUCGCAAUAAUCCCUAGUAUUUACAAAUAAUCACGAAUUUCAGGGCCGUGUCGAGUGCCUGAGUAACAUUAGGAGUUCGCUCAAUCUCGAUGUUUGCUUGUGGAGUGCUCGUGCAUCGAAAAGAAGGCAACGGAAGAACAACGGACGAGUUCAAUGACAGCAUGUUUGAUCAGUGGUGCUGUAUUUUGUACUGUUAAAUUGCUCUGUGUAAAAAUAAUUGGUAUUUCACUCCGAAGAGGAUAUUCGAGGUCCGUGUCAGACGAUACGAUCGUAUCGCUUCUCGGUGUUACAGCGAGAUUACCGCGAAAAUUCGUGACUAAUCAGUUCUGCGAGUUUGGGAAGGCUUUCUUGAAAAAAAUAACAAAGCGAUACAGUGAUUCAACCGAGUUGAGGCAUCUGUCACGUUAAAAGGUAUCGGACGAUCCGCUUCGAGUGUUAAUGCUCGCACGAUCGACAUCGUGCAAUCAACGAAUAACCGAAUAAGAGAAAAUACUCCGAAAUCGUACGUCGCUCCGGCCGGUGGUAAGCGAGGAUCACAUUUCGCAUCGCCGACGAGCAGACAACCGUAAGGACAUCCGUUGACUCGGGCGAAUUUCAGAAAUAAACACGCAAAUAUGCGGUAGAGGUGAUAGAAGUAAACACAACAAGGCACAAUAAGAGGAGGUAACAAGGACAACACGUGCGAUUCUGAUACAUUAUCUAAGAAGGAAGGGGAAGAAGAAGAAGCUUAGUAGUAGUAGUAAUAGUAUCGGGCAACACUCGGACAGUUAAGCCACGGCACUGGGUGACGGUACGUGACGUUACGUUGCAGCGAGGAAGCGACCGUGCGAGCCAGGACUGUAAAGCACGCGUUGCGAGCGGGACGAGGCGUUUACUGCGCGAGAGGCGAGUCGGAAAAACGGGCGAGUGUGCGCGCUCGCGCGCGCAACGUGCAUGCGUGCGACGAUACACACGUCUCUCUCGCUCGCUCGCGCGCGAGGUGUUUACUGCGCGUUGUCAAGCGUGCCUUGUCAUCCUAUACGGGGGUGUUGGUGAAGGAACACCGCACUUUCCGGAUUGUGUCCGGAUAGUGCCCGCGUUCGCUCGUGAUUUCGGCAUCAUCGGUGCUCGCUAACACAACGCGCGUACCUCGUAUUCCAUCAUCGCGGCGAACGCACGCGCGCGCGCGACCCUCUCGGCGAGGACGACGCGUCGUCGUUGAUCAUCGUUACGGACGGAGAGAAGAACGAAGAAAAUGGCCGACAGUUGGAUUAACAGUGUUGCUUGCCGAUAUUUCAAAAGCGGCGUUUGUCGGGAGGGCAACAACUGUCGAUUUCGGCACGUACAAGGGACCAGAGAUGACGCGGAUGUCAAUAACGCAGACACAACACCGUCCGGACCAAUCUUCAAUGUCACAUGUCGCUUCUUCAAACAAGGAAUAUGUAGGUUCGGCAGUCAGUGCCAUUUUCGACACAGUGGAAACACCUCCGAUAGUAAUUCCAAACAAAGCAAUGCAAUAGAAAAUUCUGCGUCGGGCCAACAUACCGCAAGCUCCUCGAAAAAAGGGAGUAAUGACAAAUGUGCCGCUGAAGAAUGGGUGAAAGCACCUGAGUUUGUACCUACAGUUGUGCCUCCUGUUGCUGGAUCGUCUUCUUCUACGGAUGAAAUGUCUACAUCGGGAACAUCUAUGAGCGCAUUGAAGCCAACAUCAUAUGCUCAAGCUGUUAAUCCAUCAUCUGGUCAAGCCUCGAGUCCUGCUUUAGAACCUUUGUGCCCAUAUGCCGAAGCAACUGGAUUUUGCAAAAAAUUAAACUGCACAUAUCUUCAUGGCGAUAUUUGUGAACUGUGUAAUUGUGCGGCUCUCCAUCCUCACAAUGAAGAACAGCAGAAGAAGCAUACAAACGCGUGCGUGAAACAACAUGAAGCAGAUAUGGAAUUAUCCUUUGCUAUACAACGCAGCAAAGAGAAGUCUUGUGGCGUGUGUUUCGAAACAAUAAUGGAAAAGUCGUCACGAGAACAAAGGUUCGGUAUCCUGCCGAAUUGUAAUCACUGCUUCUGCUUAACCUGUAUCAGAAAGUGGCGGCAGGCAAAACAAUUUGACAACAAGAUCAUAAGAGCAUGUCCAGAGUGUCGUGUUCCAUCAGAUUUUGUCUGUCCCAGCAUGUUCUGGGUGGACACGAAGGAGGAGAAGGAAAAGUUAAUAAGAGAUUAUAAAGGUGUUUUAAGUACUAAGGAUUGCAAGUACUUCAACAAAGGUCGUGGUAAAUGUCCGUUCGGUAAUAAGUGCUUCUAUCUCCAUGCACUUCCCGACGGCACUAAGAAGGACGUUGGUCCACCAAGAAGACGUCAUGCCGAUUAUGAUAUCGAUUUCUUACACCAAUUAAUCUUGUGGGAUUUCCUCGAAGAAAGGGACGAUCGCUGGAUGUACCUCGAUUUAGAAGAAAUCCCAUUCUUUUCUGAUUCGGACGAUUCCGAUUGGUCUGAUUAUGAGCUGUCAUUCGACUAGAGCAGUAGAACUAGUCGGGUCGUAUUGCCCUUAUCAGAUCCCUGAUAUCGUAUUGGUGUUCGACCUUUAGCAGCCACUCCCUUUACUCUUUACUUUACCUUCAUCUUAUCCUUUACGUGCGAAUUUGGCGGCAAGAAUUACUACAUCGCAAAUAAUUUUGAAUGAUUGUAAUUCGAAGACAUUUUAGCUACGUCAGUACUUUAUCUUAACUGGGAUGCGUUAUGGAUGAAGUCAAGCACAUUGUAAAAAGAAAAGUGAUAUCAAUAUUAUCUUCGGUACAUGUGGAUUUUUUAUAAAUACUUUACCAAGCAACAGUCGCAUAAUGUAAUUAUAUAACUCUCGCAGUCGUCGCAUAAUUACGUCGUACCAUGGCGUCGUAUAAUUGCGUUACAUAAUUAAACCGCAUAAUUACAAUUUUCUUGGAAGAAUUUGAAAUUUUUAUGAGUACUUUC